GGGCGCUGAGUGGCAGCCGGGGCCGGGGCCGGGGCCGGGGCCGGGGCCGCGCGGCGGGCGGCGGACUGCGGGCUGCGGGCUGCAGCGGGACGCGGCCGCCUGCCUGGCAGUAUGUCGGGGUCGCGCUGCCAGACGCUGUACCCCUUCUCCGGGGAGCGGCACCGGCAAGGGCUCCGCUUCGCCGCGGGGGAGCUGAUCACGGUGCUGCAGGUGCCGGACGGCGGCUGGUGGGAAGGGCAGAAGGAGGACGGGCUGCGCGGCUGGUUCCCGGCCAGCUACGUGCAGCUCCUGGAGAAACCCAGAAAGGCAACUACUCAGCCAGGAGAAGAUACCUUGAAUGGCCAUCUUCCCCCAGGCUGGCAGAGCUAUAUGUCUCCCCAGGGCCGCAGGUACUAUGUGAACACCUUCACAAAUGAAACAACCUGGGAGCGGCCGAGCAGCAUGCCUGGGACUCCAAAGAGCCCUGUGACACAGAAGAAUACUGCAGUGAAUGGCUACCACAUUUCUGGGACGCCAGUACACCAACUAGACUCUGGUCAUAGGAGCCUCCGGAAAGCCAGUGGGGAACCCCAGACCCCGGGUUCCCCGGCGGCGCCGCGGAGGCAGAGCAAGGAAAGCAGCCUGACGAUAAACUGUGUGACUUUUCCCCACCCUGAUGUAAUGCCAGAGCAGCAGUUGCUGAAACCUUCUGAGUGGAGCUACUGUGAUUAUUUCUGGGCUGAUAAGAAGGAUUCACAAGGGAACAAUACAGUGUCGGGAUUUGAAAUUCUUCUCCAAAAACAACUUAAAGGGAAACAAACACAGAAAGAAAUGGCAGAGUUCGUUCGAGAAAGGAUAAAAAUUGAGGAGGAAUAUGCUAAAAAUCUGUCCAAACUGUCUCAGAACUCCUUGGCUGCUCAGGAAGAAGGCACACUGGGAGAGGCUUGGGCUCAGCUAAAGAAGAGUCUUGCUGAUGAAGCAGAGGUUCAUCUCAAAUUUUCUUCUAAGCUUCAGAGUGAGGUAGAGAAACCCCUGCUCAACUUCAGAGAGAACUUUAAGAAAGACAUGAAGAAGUGUGACCACCAUAUUGCAGACUUAAGGAAGCAGCUGGCCAGCCGCUAUGCAGCAGUUGAAAAGGCCCGGAAGGCCUUGACAGAGAGACAGAAGGAUCUGGAAGCAAAAACACAGCAGCUGGAGGUGAAGCUCAGCAACAAGACAGAAGAGGAAAUUAAAAAGGCAAGGCGGAAGUCCACUCAGGCAGGAGAUGAUCUGAUGCGUUGUGUGGAUCUUUAUAACCAAGCACAGUCCAAGUGGUUUGAGGAAAUGGUGACCACCACUCUGGAGCUUGAGAGACUAGAAGUUGAAAGGGUGGAGAUGAUUCGGCAGCAUCUUUGUCAGUAUACACAGCUGCGGCAUGAGACAGACAUGUUCAACCAAAGUACAGUAGAGCUCGUGGAUCAGUUGCUUCGGAAAGUGGAUCCUGCCAAAGACAGGGAAUUGUGGGUAAAAGAACACAAAACUGGAGAUAUCCGACCUGUGGACAUGGAAAUAUAGACUGUUCUUAUAGUUGUAUGUGGUGAAUUAACCAGGGUAAUGUUUUUGGGGUCAGAAGAGCAUAUGGAUAAGGUUGUUCCACUACCAGACACCUUGUAAUUUAUGCCUGUACUGGCUAUCUCUGUUACAUUUAGUCAUUAAAAUGGUCUUCAUUGUGCUAACUAAGCCUUAAACACCAAACAUUCCAAGGUGAAGAAAACAGGUGUGCAUUUCCCACCAAAGGUUCUCAAUUGCACGCAGCUUCCAGAAGAAAUCUGCUUUCUGGUACAGAGAGAACUCUGUUCUUAAGUGACUUUGUGCUAUAUCCCUUGCAUGACUAUCGUAUAUACUAUGUUAGAACAACAAUGCAGUGUCUCCUCUGGCCAGCAAGUAGGUAAAAGAACAUGAUGCAGGAGGCAAGGAAGCCCUAAUCAUGAACCCCAGGUCUGUUACUGACUGCUUUCAUGACCACAGGCAAGUCAAUUAACUUUCUGGCUUCCCCAUCUGUAAGACUUGCAUAUCUUGCAGCAACGUUGUGCAAAUACAUUUCAUAUAACACAGUUUCCCACCAUGGCCCUUUUCCCCCAUAUCUAUAGAGAGGACUCUUGUUCUUCCUGUUUUAUACUCCCUCUCAGGGAUACAUAAACCCAUUAUUGUCAUUGUUUCUGUUCUAGGCCAAUUGAUAAAGUUGAAAGUGUUAUUUACCAGGAAAGACUUUAUUGUGUUAUACCUACCUCAUUAGCUCAAUGACAGAAAGAAGUUAUAUACCAAGAAAUAAAUGAGAUGCUCUAAAUCUUCCCUGCAUAUGCAAGAUGUUUUCUUACGGUAUCUUCUGAAAGACAACUCUCUAAUAUUUUGUUUGGGAUUCAAGUUUAAAUUGCCCUCUGUUGGUUCCUUCAGUUGAAUAUCAGAGACAUAGCUAUAUUUAAUUAACAAGUUCAUGUAGCUAAAUUAUACUUAUCUUUUUAGUUCCUGAUUUUCAAAGGUACCAUGUAUCUGUGAUUCUAGACUGCAUUAAGUGUAGCUGUAGAUGCCCAGCACUUCUGCAUCAUCAUAUAUUUAAACACAGUUUUUUCCUUACCAAAAAUUCAACACAGCUCUUGGCACAGUGGUUGGUAGUUUAGAGACUGUUUUUUAAAAGGUGUUCAUUUUCUUCUUCCGUUGUUAUUUCUGACUGAUUGAUCAGUGUUGCUGUUAAUAUAUUAGAGGGCCCAAAAGUGGAGGGGCAAGUGCUGAUCUAUUCUCCUUAAUCACCAGUGAUAGGACUGGCGGGAAUGGUGUCAAGCUGAGGCAGGGGAGGUUUAGGCUAGACAUCAGGAAUAUGUUCUUCAUUGAGAGGGUUGUUGGACACUGGAACAGGCUCCCCAGUGAAGUAGUCACUGCACCAAGCCCAUCUGAAUUUAAGAAGCAUUUGGACUGUGCACUUAGUCACAUGGUCUAAACUUUUGGGUAGACCUGUGUGGUGCCAGGAGUUGGACUUGAUGAUCCUUAUGGGUCCCUUCCAACUCAGGAUAUUCUAUGAUUCUAUUAUUUCAGCAUUUUAUACUCAAGAUUCUUACUUUCAUAUCCAGCAGAAACUGGUUGAACUAUUUGCCCAGAGAGGUUCUGGAGUCUCCCUCCUUGGAGAUCUUCAAAAGCCACCUGGAUACGGUCCUGGACAACCUGCUGUGGCUGGCCCUGCUUUGAGCAUGUUAGUUGUACCAGAUGACCUUCAGAGAUCCCUGCUAGCCUUAACCAUUCUGUGAUUCUGUGAAACCUUGAUUUUCACCACUAUAGCCUUUCCUUAUUGUGUAUUGUGGUAUUAGCUACAGUAUCCCAAACUAUACUUUCUCAUUUGAUCCACGGUUUUGCUCUACUGUAUCUCAUUAUUAACAUCCCUUUUCCCCCAUACCAAAAUUGUGUCUUCCAUUUGGCUGUUAUUUUAAGCUUCUGUUCACCAGUCUCAGAGUAUUUAAAUUACUCUGCUGUGAUUAGAUCACUGAUAAUCAAUCUUCCCCUUUACAAACACAAGCUGAGAUGCAGAGAAGUCUUAUCUGAAAUACUUUUUAAAAUAUUGCUGCAAGUGAUUAUUUUUCUGGCUUGUCAUUUCAAACUGAAUUCUGCUGCAUUCUCACAGAGUAGCUUUUUCUUUUUUUCAACCACCUCUUUACCUGUAUAGAUUCAUAGAAAAAUAAUGAAUCGCCUUUUAUUCACCUUAAAAAAUCGGAUAUUACAAAUCAUUCCCAUCUUCAAUAGUAAAUGUCUCUUCAACACCCUUCCCUGUUGUGUUUUUAGCCUUUAUAAACCUUUGCACAUUGGCAGGUGCGAUUUUGUGACUGCUGCAUUCCCUGGAUCACUCUUCCUGUUGUUGCUGAUUGUUAGACCUGACACCUACCAUACUGGCCUUCAGUUACACACUUCAUAAUCUGCAUUUACAAUUUUAUUCUCGGUGUUGGAAGCAUCCAGCAUGCUGAUGCCUGAACCAUAGCUUGCCUAAGUGUCACUCUGUCUUUGAACUGUUAGACUACACACAUUUUACUUCAACUCUUCUUAGUCUUCUUGGACAGGGAGGUUUUGUGCUGAUAGGGCUUUUUCAGUCUUCCUAUUUAUUCACACUGUUCUCAAUAUGAUUCUUUUUGGCAUAUCAAUUUGUACUUUUCCUAUUUCUACCAUGCACUUUGGAGGACAGGCACUUUUUUUUUUUUUAAACCACAAAUUCAAACCACUUUCAAAACUUCAGUGGCCAAAAUUUACUGGUGCACUUGAGAGCUGCGUCUAAAGUCAACCCCUGUAUUCUAAGCCAUACUGCAAGUUAAAAUGAGCAGUCUUGAUGAUAUCUCAUCACGUUUUGAUUGCAAAACCAAACAAGCUAGUUGUACACUUUAAAUGGUAUUCUUGAUAAAUACCUGAAAUACUCUGUUACCAAUUAUAGUUAAUUUUUCCUCCUUUUUUCACAGUUGUUUAUUAUUUUAUCUGCUUUGAACUGGAAAUACUGUCCAUUAGCACAUGUUUCUCUGAGGGCUGAAAUGUAUUUUGGUUCCACUUCUAAACUUUUAUCAAUUCGCAGUUGCAGUUCCUGAUUACUUAUUUUUUGUCAUUGUUUUUUUUUUUUUAAUUAUUUCCAGGCAGUUUUCCUACUUCUACUUGUUGGUCUGUUUGAAAUGUUGCAGGAAAGUGUGAGCUGCAUAGAAUGAUAAUUCUUUUGUUGGAGGCUGUAUUUUUGUUUUUCUUGCAUAAUAUGAGGUGUGCACUUGCGUCUGGCUGUUGUUCAUUUGAUGGCCCAGCAAACCCAGCAUGGAACUGCUCUGUACUCAGUGAAAUAUUUCCUAUAUAGUAGGAAUUUUAUCUUUUUAUUGAUGGAAGCAUUAGGGAAGUUUUGCUGUUGCUUGAAAACAAUUUGAAUGUUUUUACGAAUGAUAUUACAUUGUGGUACCACAUUGCAGAGUGGAAUCAGUGAUACUUGGUCCAUUACCUUGUCUGGCUGAUGGAUCUUGAACAGUGUGACACCUUACAAAUCAGGGAUUGAUGGAGAUCCUAUGCUUCUGAACAGCCUAUAUCUUUAAAGUAGUAGUGGCAUGUUUGAAAGGAAGUAUGGUUGCCUGCCCUCAUGUUUCUUAACAAGAUAACUCUGGGAGUUUCAGCAUUGCUCUAUUCAUCAUCGAGUUGCAAAAAAAGUCUCUUGUCAUCAGAGGUCCUGAGCUCUGGUGUGAUCUUGUUUUUCUGGCAGAUGGGUCAACACAUGUCAUACAGGUUUUUACUGUUCUAGUUGCUAUAGGUACCAGACUGUUUUUUAUUGUUUGAUGCUGUCUUGCAUCUUCAUAUGGUUCCCUGUUCACAGAGCAGAAGGUGGGUGUUUGAUUAGGAUUGAUUGCUUUUACCUAAAGAAGCACGAUUAGCAGGAAUUUGCCUCUGAUUCUCACCUGGUAGCUCCACUUGCUCUGUUGUUUUUUUUUUUUGUUUUUUUUUUGAAGCUGCCUGUGUUUUGAAGUCCUUCCCCUCCUGCAUAGCUCCCUCUCUAUGAUUAAGCAAUGUUGUCACAUACGUACUUGUAUAAUUCUGCCAAGCUUCUGGUUCCCUAUUGAUCUCCAGUUCAAGCAGAGCUUUUGAGUUCUGUCUGAGCUAGAGGGCUCUAUGAUCUCUGGUGGCUUUGAAUCCCAUGGGUGUCCUGACUCAGGUGCUAGAACAGGUGAGGUGUUCUGCAACUGUAAUUUCAGCUACUGUACAGAAUGCCUACAUUUUAUUCAUUGUCUAUACUAGUCUGCCUGUAUAUUCUAAGGUAUAUUCUUCUGGUACAGUUAACUCAAUAGAAAGUCUUUGUAAGUCUUUCUCUGAGGUAUUCUUUUUAACUUUUUUCAUAACAGAAUUGAUUCUGGAUCUAAUGCUGUUAGCUGAUUUCUGUUUGAGUUAAUGAGCUGAAAGUAAUGAGUCAUUUGCAACAUUGGCCAAGUGCACUCUCUCCAUCACUGGCAGGAUUCCAGUUGCUUUCAUAGAGCAAGAUUCAAAAAGGCCUAAUUCUCAGAUUUCCAACCUGCUCCAGAUUCACGCACAUCCGUAACUCUUGUUUGCUAGUCACUUCUAUAUGUUGAACUUGUGCUGUAAGUCAUCAGUUGUUCUCUUGUAGGAAAGCUAUUUCACUGGUAGGCUACUCUCCGUCAUCUUUGAAAGGUCAUGGAGAACAAGAGAGGUGUCUGAGGACUGGAAGAAAACCAAUCAUAGUAUCAUUAAGGUUGGAAAAGACAUCUGAGAUCAUCUGGUGCAACCAUCCCCCAACCACUGAUAUUAUUCACUAGACCAUGACCCUAAGUAUAACAUCCAGCCUUUCCUUAAACACCCUCAGGGAUGGUGACUCCACCACCUCCCUGGGCAACCCCUUCCAAUGCCUGACCACUCUUCCUGACAAGAAAUGUCUCCUAAUUUCCAACCUGAACCUCCCCUAGCGCAACUUGAUGCCAUUCCCUCUUGUCCUAUCACUAGUUAUCUGCAAGAAGAAACUGACCCGUAGCUCCCCACAACUUCCUUUCAGGUAGUUGGAGAGAACAACAAGUUCGCCCUUAAGCCUCCUUUUCUCCUGACUAAACAGCCCCAGUUUCCUCAGCUGCUAAUCACAGGACUUGUGUUGCAUGCCCUUCACCAGCUUUGUUGCCCUUCUCUGGACAUGCUCCAGGGCCUUGAUGUCCUUCUUGUAGUGAGGGGCCCAAAACUGAACACUGUACCUGAGGUGCAGCCUCACCAGAGCAGGGUACAGUGGGACGAUUACCAGUGUGAGCUACACUAUUCCUGAUACAAGCCAGUAUGUCAUUGGCUUUCUUGAUCACCUGGGCACACUGCCUUAUCACGUUCAGGUGAGCAUCAACCAACGCCCCCAGGUCCUUUUCCUCUGGAAGUUUUCCAGCCAUUCUGCCCCAAGCAGUCAAUGUCACUCCAGUCUUGAAGAAGGGCAAGAAGGAGGACACAGGAAACUACAGGCCAGUCAGCCUCACCUCCAUCCUAGGAAAGGUAAUGGAACAGAUAGGGGCAAUCAUGCUUAACCAAUCUGAAAGCCUUCUAUGAUAGAAUGGCUGGGUAGAUGAGGGGUGAGUAGUGGAUGUUGUCUACCUUGACUUCAACAAGGCUUUCAACGCUGUCUCCCAUAACAUCCUCAUAGGCAAGCUCAGGAAGUGUGGGAUGAAUGAGUGGACAGUGAGGUGAAUUGAGAACUGGCUGGAUGGCAGAGCUCAGAGGAUUGUGAUCAGCGGUACAGAGUCUACUUAGAUGCCUGUAAGCUAGUAGUGUUCCCCCAGGGUCUGUACUGGGUCCAGUCUUGCUGGAUUUAUUCAUCAAUGACCUGGAUGAUGGAAUAGAAUGCACCCUCAGGAAGAUUAGUGAUGACACAAAACUGGGAGGAGGAGCUGAUAUACCAGAGGGCUGUGCUGCCAUUCAGAGGGACCUGGACAGGCUGGAGAGUUGCAUUGUUGGUAACCUCAUGAAGUUCAACAGGGGGGCUGUUAAACUAACAGAUUAAGUGAUCUCUGGAGGUCCCUUUCAACCUCAGCCAUUCUGUAAUUACUAGAUACGGAGAUCUUUAGAGAUGGCUUUAAUUUUUAUUUUAUUUUUUUUUUUAAUGUUAAAAGAUCAUAAGAGCAUUGAAAGACAUACAGAAAUCCUUCUUAUCUUCUUCGUAUGUUCUUGGAACUCUUUUUUCCCUCUACAGUCCUACUUGAGCUGCUGUGGGGUAGCUGUAUUUCUUCCAUAUUGCACAGUAACAGUAUAUAUUGAAAUCAUUCGUUCUUUCAUGCAUAGCAGGUGAUGUGCAAACUUGUUCUCUGUUUCUCUUUAAACGUUAUGUAUCUUCAGUUUCUUGUUGCAGAAUUAACUGCUUUUUGUUAAUUUUGCAACCCCAUAGAAUCAUACCCCAUGAUGCAAUGCAAGCCAGUGUAGCUGUUUUGGGACAGUCACCUGCCUGCAAGUCACUUUAUUUUCUUGUAUUUUAUUCUCUGAACAAGAAUUUUCUUUAAAGCAUUCACAGGAAGCUUUUACAUGGUGGUAGCAGUCAUAAUUACUCAUACAUUCUCAGAACAUCUUUAAACUUGUACCUUUUUUUACAUCAUUCUUUAAAUGUUUGCUGGAAGUGAGCCUCCAUAGUCCUUAUGCAGAAAUGUACACUCUUUUGACCUGCUCUUUGGAAGUAUUUAGCUGGCAGAGGUUUCUAGGAAGUCAGCAGGGCACACAGAGGUGAUACCAGAGACUUUGAAAAUAAGGGUAUUGAAUAGAAAUUCACAAGCUUCCUUUUUUUUUUUUUUUUUUCUCCUCAGUCUCUCAAUGAGGUAAACAUUAAGAAAUGAGUAUCUCAAAUACUUCAUGUAUGAGACCUAGCUGCUCUAUGCAGUUCCCAACAGCUCUGUGUGUAAUAAGCUAUUGUAGGAGCAUGGCUCUAGAGCUUACCGCUCUCCUGUUACUGCUCUAACGAUUCUAUUCCCAAAAUAAGUGAUAAUGUGGCUCUGACCAUCUGUUUGUUUUAUCACAGAGAGAGAGAGAGAAAGAGCAUUGCUUAUCCAGGUGGGUCCUUCACUAUGAAGCACCUUAGAAAUCCAAACCAGCACUUUGAAGGAGCCCCUGAAGUGCGUAGAUGUGGCUUCUUGGUGUGAUCAACUGAUUGCUUCAUUCUGAAUAGAAAAAAUAUUUGCUAUUUUGUAAUAGCCAGUGUGCUGUUUUGCACUAGUGCAGCCUGCUGGGCCUAUUCCUAGAGAUGGGAGUCAAGAGUUUGAUGUCCUGGAAGCAGUCCUGGUCACUCUUUAUAUUUCCACUUUGCAAGAACAAUGUCUUUUUUCCUGAUCACUGAGCCUUAUGUAAAGUCUGUAAGUGUUUUGCUAUCCAGCACAUGUUCAAACAGAAGAAUCAGGUCCUAGACAUAGUGGUUUCUGAAGCAUUGCUGUGAAUAAUUCUUCCUGUAUGGGCAUUCCCCCUGUACAAUAUUCAGGAGCAGCUGACUGGUAUCCUUCUGUGCAUGGUGGAGGCAUCUGACAUUUUACAGAGGAACCUGUAGGUCCCUCUUAACCAGGUGAGCGAUAGUCACAGGCAGAUUCAAAGUAAAAAGUGUACACAUAAGAUAGUAAAAUAUUUAAUUGCCCCAAUGAAAUUUGACUUGAUGCUAGGCAGUCAUCACCCUCAGAACCCUGAUGGUUCCAGUAGAAGGCUCAUACUGACUUUUGCUUAGCAUAUGAAAAUCAGUAACAAAAUGUUGCCUUGUAUCUCUUCCUUGAUACAGGGCUCUCUGACUAGCAUAUGAUUGUACAAGCAGCAGACUGAUAUGUGGCAAUACCACACUGAUGACUGCAGAAUGUUUUUUGGAUUUGGCAGUAGUAUGAUGUCCUGUGCCACGGCACUGAACUGGCUGUAAGUCAGGCAGAAAUGUGUCAAGCCUGGUUUGCAGGUAUUCUCCAGGAGCUUGGAGAACAGUCUUUCUUUUACAUAAUUACGAUGUCAUCUUUCACAUCAGCAAGUCCUUGUCUUCCUGAGAAGAACUGUUGUAUAAAUAUUAUUCAUUACAUUGUCUCAUAGUAGAUCUUAUGUAAGAGGGCAUCUGUCAAUUUUAAUUUCUUCAACUUUAUUGUUACUGCAUCCACUCCUUCAUUACUGACAUACACCAGUUUUCAAGAUCUUCUUUGAUUUUGAAUGUUCAUAGAACAUUUCUUUUGCUUUUAUAUGCUGACCAAACUUCACACUUCCGGAUAUUUUCCAAGGCUGGUAAGUGCUUGCUUUUUGGAGAUGUUGUUUUGGGUUUUGUUUUGGAGUUCUCUAAACAGCCACUAGGAUUGGAAGUGCAAUGACUCCUUUUUGUGCAAGUCACAGUUUAUUUUUUCUCCCUGGAGAUUUUUUUUGAAGGGACCAACACAUAGCACAAUUUAACUUAAAUUUCUAAUCCCAUGUGUUCUCAAACAGAAACCUUUUGUGCCUAAUGAAACAUCUGAUUCUAGCAAUUGUACAUGGACAAAAUCUUUUAGAGACCAAUAAAAUUUGUCUUACAAUAAUAGCAUUCUAAUUACAUAAAAAUAUAUAUAAAUUUGAAACACUCAAAUUUAACUCCCUCAACUUACAUUAAGUUGAACUGUUUCAGGUGUACUGUAAGAGACAAACUCAGUGGAUAUUAAGAACAAAUACUUUUCAGCUGCUAUAUUCAGGUUCAGUGAGUGGACGAGACUAUAGUUUUGAAUAUAUAUAGUCUUUCAGAGCUACUGUUUUCAUAAAUAACUGAAUAAUGGCUUGUAUCACAACCCUACUAAAAUUCAACUAGUUGUUCCUCUUGAAGUGCCUCUUUAAAUUAUACAUGCUACAACCAUAUAAAAUACACAGAUUGACCCUAAAAAUUUUCAGAACUUAGGAGCAGCCAGUAUGUACAGAUCUGUGCAGGAAUUUCAACCCUUCCUCCUUGUUCUGGACUGUGCACUCUUUUAGGGCAUUCACAUUUACAUAUUCCUGCCUUUAUAUCACUGAUCAUUUACAGUCUAACACAGGCAUCAUAAAAUCAUAGUGCUGAAAAUGGAGAAGAAAAUGUUAGCCAUGUUAGACUUAACUGCAUUGAAAGACAGUUUUAACUUAAUCUUCUGACACAAUGGUAUAAUGGUUUCAGUAUAGGGGUCUCAGUAGGGAAUAAACAGGGAAUUCUGCAUAAAAUAUAGUUGACUCAAGUAGCAUUUGGGGCUUAAGUAAUGCUAUUUUUUAAAAACAAACCUUUACUCUUCUUUAAAGCAGUUGCUUGGAACAUUUUUUCUGGUACUGGAAGUCCAAAGCUGAACAGCGAUUUCAGGGAUCUCACAUCUGCAUGAUGUGACAGUCUUAGUCAUUUGAAUUUGGGAAUGCUUGACCUGAAAUCCCUUGUUCCUUUGGAAGUGUUUUGAUGGGAUGACUGAGAUUUUCAAAACAACAUAAGGAAUUUUGAUACCCAUUUACCACUCUGUUACUACAGUAUGACAAAAUCUCUCUUAGGGACAGAAACCUCUAUUCAUUAAAAUGAAAUUUAAAAACAAACAAAACACAACAAAAAUAACACAACAGGUUCUAUUAUUGGGCAAAUGUUUUCUUCUCUUUAAUUUCCAUUCUUCCAGCAGCCCAAGGCAAGUGAAAAAUCUAACAAACGGUUUUGCAGACAUUCAGGCAGCAAGGAUUCAAGGGUAGGCCAGAUUACCAGUCAUACAGUAUAACAGAGUUUUCUGCUAAAAUAUGGUUGCUUGUUUGGUCCUUUUUGUGUAAUUUGCUAAAUACAUUCUAAAAUUUUAGAAAAGAUGUCUCUCGCCACUACUAAUUUCUUUUUAAAGAUGUUUAACCAGAGUUUUGUAACGUUCCAUAAAUUUUGGCUGACUAGACCUCUUAAAAUAGUUUAUGGAUCCUGCAGUCUCUGUCUAGGUAAUCAGUAAAUCUUGCAUCAUUGUGCAAAUUAUAGGAUGAGGUUUGUUCCAUAAAGGUACAUGAAAGAAUCACCAACCUGAAGAAGUUCAAUGCAGAAAGCAUUUAAGGGACAGAUCUUCAGCUUGGGUAAACUGGCAGAGUUUGGUGGAAGCUACUUUAUGUUAGUAUGGAUCAUGUCCUUCAAUAUCGAAGGCAUUUCCACUACAUAAUGUUUGUCUUACUGUAAAACUAUUUCAUAUGGUUAAACUGUAUUUUCCUAUAUUGUUCUGCAAGUUUAUAUGCACCACAGUGCUCAUCUCAUCUCCUGUAAAAUAAACUGUACAGAGACACACUGAGCAUGGAAUUGUA